AUGGCAUAUCUCGGUUUUCUUGGCCCCCGAGCGGCAGUCUACUGGCCCUCCCGUCCCGUCUGUCCAACAGCCUCCCUGCUACGAAUUCCGACUGCACAUCCUUUCUGCGAAACCGAUCAAUACGUUCCGCGUUCUUGUGAAGCACCCGCUUUAUCGCCCUUGUUGCGUCACAAAGAGAUCCUAUCAAAAAGCUGGCGAUAUUCUGCAAUGCAGUACUCUAAUUGCAUCCGCGCCAUAUUAACAUUAAAACCUUCCCUGUGCGACCAUGGAGCAGACUCUGAGCUACGCAGGCUGCUCGGCACUCGCCAUGUAACGAUGAUUGCUUUAGGUUCUUCCAUUGGUAUGGGAUUAUGGCUGGGGUCCGGAAAGUCUCUUGCAAGCGGCGGCCCGGCCGGUAUCUUCCUGGGUUAUCUCCUCGCGGGUUCCAUGAUCUGGUCUGUGUCCCACAGCAUCGGUGAAAUGGCAGUUAUGUAUCCGCUUCCGUCUGCCUUCGUCCAAUGGUCUGGGAAAUUCGUCUGUCCUUCUGCAGCCUUCGCACUCGGCUGGGCCUACUGGGUUUCGUACGUCAUCACCAUUGCCAACGAGCUUCAAGCCGUCUGCACUGUUCUUGGUUUCUGGACCGACAAAGUCCCAGUUGCUGCGUGGAUCACCAUCUUUUGGUUCGUCAUUAUCGCCGUUAAUAUUGGUGCUGUCACAGUAUUUGGUGAAGUUGAAGUCGUUUGCUCGACUAUUAAGUUCGGCUGGAUCUUCGUCGUUAUCUUCUCUUUGAUAAUCGUAUCGGCCGGUGGAGCCCCUAACCAUGAUGCCGUCGGAUUCAGAUAUUGGAAUGCUGAGCCUUUCACUCAUGGUUUCAAGUGGUUUCUUUCCGUUAUGCCAACAUGUAUCUUCGCCAUGGCUGGAUCCGAGAACUCUGGUCUCGUCGCCGCUGAGACUACCAAUCCGCGAAAGGCUGUUCCUCGCGCCGUGGGCUCUAUCUGGCUUCGCCUGUCCCUCUUCUACCUUCUCGGCGCCCUCAUGGUAACAAUCACCGUCUCGCCCGACAACCCUGACAUCUUCGGCGGCAAUGGCACAAACGCCUCUCCCUUCGUCAUCGCCUACCGCAACGCCAGCAUCCCUGCUCUCGCCCACAUCAUGAAUGCUGUGAUCUUCAUCUCCGUCCUCUCCACAGGCUCCAUCUCCGGCUACGGCGGUUCACGCACGACCAUGGGCCUCGCCCACCUAGGCAUGGCGCCCGCCGCCUUCAAAAAAGCCGACAAAACCGGCCGCCCAUGGUGGGGCCUCGCACUCACCCUUACCCUCGGUGGCGCCCUUGCCUACCUCAACGUCGGCAACAAAGCCGCCGAUGUCUUCACUUGGCUCUCCAACCUGACCUCUCUAUUCACACUCUUCGGCUGGGGCAUGAUCUGCCUAUCCCACAUCCGGAUGCGGUACUCCUGGAAACUCCAAGGCCGCGACCUGACUGACCUGCCUUGGAAAUCGUGGACGUAUCCGUAUGCCGCGUGGUUGUAUUAUCGUGGGCCAUGGUGGGUGGAUGCCAGCAUGAUUGAUCUUGAUGCUAGUCGCAGGUUUUAUGUGGAUGGAGAUGUGGAGAAGACGGAGAAGAAAGGGGGCGUGGGGGGGUUUUUAAGGAAGACGGCUGGGUUUGUAUUCAAUUAG